AUGAGCAAGGAGAGCUCGCUCAAGCUGCUCGAUGCGUUCUACGAGGCCGGGGUCAACUUCAUUGAUACGGAGAACAACUACCAGAACGGGACGUCCGAGAAAUUCAUCAGAGAGUGGAUGGAGCAACGCGGCAUCCGGGACCAGGUUUGGUUUUAUGCGCAGGACAUCAAGCAGAAGACAUCGUAUGUGGGGAACAGGGUCAAGUCUACGCACCUCUCCGUCGAGGAAUCCUCAAAAAGCCUCCCCACCUCCUACACGGAUAUCUUCUACGUUCACUGGUGGGACUACAAGACCAGCAUCGAGGAGCUCAUGAACGGCCUGCACAACCUCGGGUCUCAGGCGAAGUGCUAUACCUCGUAA